UUCCAGCAUUGGUGACAUGACACUGGGCUUUGUUUGCGUGAUUUUAUUAAUCCUUAUAAGGCUUUUUAAGGAUGGAAAAGUUCCUGAAGACUUAGCACUCCCUCACGUGGUCAGAAAAUUGCUGGGUAUGAGUUGGAUGAUAAUUGUCACAGCAAGAAAUGCUCUUCUGGUGCUGAUCUGUGGAGGUAUCUCGGCUAUUCUUAAAGCACACAAUUACACGCCAUUCACGUUGACCCAUGACGUUCCUCCAGGAGUACCUGCAUUUCACCCCCCAACCUUUACUUAUUGUGAUAAUUCAAACAAUGUAACCACCCACAAAAAUUUUAUAGAAAUCUGUAAGGAUUUAGGGUCUGGAAUCAUCAUUGUUCCUUUGCUUUCCCUUCUCGAAGCUAUAGCUGUAGCAAAAGCUUUUUCUAAGGGUAAAAAACUUGAUGCUACUCAAGAAAUGAUUGCUUUAGGUGUGUGUAAUGUGGUAGGGUCUUUUGUCUCAGCCUAUCCUGCAACUGGAAGUUUUUCAAGAACUGCAAUAAAUAACAAUAGUGGAGUGAGAACCCCACUUGGAGGUUUGUUCACAGGUGUAAUUGUGAUCCUUGCCCUUGCUGAACUGGCUCCUUUCUUCAAGUACAUUCCCAGUGCUGCACUGAGUGCCAUAAUAUUUACAGCUGUCCUCUAUAUGGUCCACUAUGAGGAUGUGCUACUCAUGUGGAAAACCAACAAACCUGAUCUUCUUCCUUGGGGAACUACUUUUGUUUUUUCUUUCAUAUUUGGCCUUGAGUAUGGAAUUAUUAUAGGCAUCGGAAUCGCUAUGAUCAUGUUACUGUACACAACUGCAAGACCAAAAAUAAGCAUCUCCUUAAAACAGACUUCUGAUGGAACUAAGUACGUCCUUGUAAGACCAGAUCGUGCGUUAUUAUUUCCUUCAGCUGAAUUCUUCAGAAGUAGAGUUACUAAGGCCUUUCUAACAAGUGGUGCAUCACUCAGUGAUGGUCUCAACACAAUGGUGAUAGAUGGGAAGAAGCUUACAGAAAUAGAUUAUACUAUGGCUUUGAUGCUGAAGAAUGUGAGUGAAAGUUUCAGAAAAGAUGGCAUAAUUAUCAUCUUUACCCAUCUCAAGCCAUCAAUCACCAGGACCAUUCUAGGAACUCAGCCAUCAGUUUUCUUGUACUGUAAGUCAGUAGAACAAGUUCAAGAUGUCAUUAAACAACAGAGAUAUUGAAACAACAUUAAAGGAUUUCUCCAGGAAGACCAAAGUUUGAAUGUCAAUAAUUGUGAUUUAAAUUCACUUAGUAAAUCGUUCAACAUUUAAAGAAGUGUAGACUUUAAAAAAGAUAGAUUAUUUUUAUAACUAAUAUCCCUUAUAUAUAAUAUAAUACAAGUAAUAAUACCUCAUAUACAGUAAUAUAUAUUUUUUGGUUAAAUUAUUAUGAUGGCUGUGCACAUUCUUGUGAUGAGUUAGUUUUUUGACUGUUUAUUGUUAAACCAGUUCAUUUGUCUUCUUCCCACAGGAGACUGUUGCUAUGUAGUGCAUAUUAAAUACUAAUCCAAGAGCAGUGGGUGUCCAUGUUUUAUUAGUUACUCAACUACCAAUCAGUUAUUGUACAAGUCUUCAGUUUAGUUGUCAUGCCACACAUUUUUUUAAAAGUUUUCAGGUUUAAAUUAUUUUCCUUUACAUGUUGUUAUUAAACACUAUACAGUAUAUAAUACAUAAAUUU